AUGGCCAAGUUUAUGGACAUAACUCACAGCGCAUUAUCUAUUAUGCUCGUUCUUGUAGUUUUGAUUCAUGAGUUAGUUGAUGGAAGAACGAUUCAAAAAGCAUCCAACAAUGCAAUAAUCAAAACCAUCAAGGGAGAUAAUGGCGAGAUUUUCGAUUGUUAUGAUGUUUACAAACAACCUAUCUUGAAUAAUCCUCUGUUUCAUAAUCACAAGAUACAGUAUGCGAUGGUUACUCUCCAAGGCGAAUUUCGAGGUGCACAAGCGAAGAUAAACAUUUGGAAACCAGAAACUGAACCAGGGGAAUACAGUGCAGCGUCGAUUUCGGUUAUAGCGGAUGAUGGUGCAGAAGCUAUUAGUGCUGGAUGGAGGGCUGACCAUUUCCAAAAAACAGGUUGUGAUGAUAUCAAGUGCCCAGACUUUGUGCUGAUAUCCUCGACUGUUGAUAUUGGUUCCAUAUUCGAUCCAACAUCAGUUCUCAUGGGAAGCCAAUACGAUGUCACAUUCGCUAUUUUUCAGUUAUUAUCUGUAAAAGAAAACAGAUUAGAUUUUGGAGGACAGAUAGCGAACACAAAGAAACAAGGACACCAUAGUUCUACUGAUAUGGGUAGUGAUCAUUUACCUUCAGAAGGAAAUUUUGGAGUGUCAAGUUAUUUUCAGCAAGUAAAAACAAUCGAUUUAAAUCAUAUAGCUAGAGCGCCCGGGAGGACGUCUCAGACAAAGACCGUUAUGUCAUACGAGUGUUUGUAG